UUUGGUGGCGUACCCUGCAACAGCAUGUUUGUUGUUAUGGCUGUUACCCUGCUAUUACUUCUGUUACGAAGGCAACCUAGCUAAGAGAUGGAGUUUCAGAGACAUGACGAGUGUGAAGUGAAUAACCUGCCAUGUGUAUGUACAUGUACCAGAUCUGCACAUGAAAACAUUUCUGCAAACACGAAGGUUAUGAAUUUCGUUCUUGUGGUCAAUGGAGUUCGGCGCUGGUUGCCGUUACUGGCCUUUUGCGACGUCUUGAUAUCAGUUUGGAAUAAUUGCUCUGGACUCUGGGGAAUCCUCACUCAUAAUCGAGACAGGUUGGCCAGGAUGUCCUUCACGCUUGAAGGUCACGAGAAACAUUACGUAAAACUGGCAUGCAGUGGUGUAGAGGUUGGACCCAUCCCCAGCAACGUCUACCUAAAGAAGGAAAGGCCAGUUUGCAUUUCAAUCGAAGGUCAUGGAGAUCAUUACAAAAAGGUGUCAUACAGUGGAGUAGAGGUUGGGUGAGAACGGGACGUGUUGCUUCAUUAUCAAGAAGUUAAUUAUGGUGUUGUGUUGCUGUUGGUUGUUGUAUCGUUGAUGUCGACCACGAGAGAAAAUCUUUUAAAAGGAAAGAAAAAGGUCAACGGAAGUC